UGUGCGUGCUACAUUUAUUAAGAUAGAUUUACAUCAAACGAACAAAAGUGCUUCAAUACGAAGUUGAGAUUUUAAACAAAUUUCGCGCUCUUUUUAAACCAAUAGCAACAGUAUUUAUAAAAUUAAAUGAUUCGUUGUGAAUACUCGCCAUUAUUAAGAAAAUGAUUAGUUUUGGAACGUAAUAUUUCUAAUUCAAAUCGCGAUCCUGUUUUGAAAUCCGUUAUAAAUAAAAUAAUAAACAAUAUAAUUAAAAGAAAAAGAAAUUUUAAUUACUUGCAUAUAUAACAAUGACUGUUAUAGAAAGUUUAAGGAGUAUUUUGUGUAAAGAUUCAUCGAUAAUAGUUAAUAGAGCUCGUUUAUCAUAUAUUGAACGACUUUUUCCCGAGUUUAAGGAUUAUGUCAUUAUUUAUAAAAAAGGGAAAAAACGUUUUAAUCGUGAUGUUAGUGAUGUGGAAUCAAAUGAUUAUGAUAUAGAAGUUACUGGUAAUCCUUUAGAAUAUUCAUUUGGUGAUGAUAAAUUUAUUAAUAGUACUUUAAUAAUAGAAAGAUAUUGGUAUCAAGAGGAAGAAUCAUAUAUUCCUUUAAGUAGGAUUGAAGCAUGUACAAUAUUAAAUACUUGUCUUAAGUAUUUGGAUACUGAUAAUGUCAUACCAAUAUUUAUACUUUGUGAUGGCAAAGAUUAUAAUAAAACUGCUAUACUAGGUACUAUUGUUCAGAAAAAUUGGCUUAAUACAAUAGAAGUUACAAAUAAUGAAAUACAAGCACUUGAUAUAGUGAAAAAUGAUUGUUCUCAGCUUUUAUUGAAUCAUCAUAAAUUAUCAUUUUCACAGCCAUCUAAUGUAUCGGUGUCUACUUUGAGUACCUAUCAUUUAUUUGGUUUUAGGCAUGAAACAUUAGAAUUACCAGAAAGUGAAGAAUCUUGUUUUGAAGGAAGUAUAACACUUAAUAUAAUGGCAAAUAGCAUAUUAUUUGAUCCUCCUACAAGAUCAUCCAAAAAUAGUUUAGUUCUUGAAAUUAUUACUGGGAGAAACAAUAGUGCUUUGGCGAAUUUGUGGCAUCAGUUGUUAUUAUUAAAUCAAUAUUUAAUGAUAUUAGAUACUUACAAAGAAAUGAAUGCAAAAUCAAAUGAUAAGUCUAAUUCAUUGCAAUACCCAAGUGAUUUUAUAAAUCCAUGUGUAAAGGAUCAAGAUAAAAUAAUGGAAAAUGUGAAUCUUCUACUUAUCAAUGAUUAUAGCUAUAGAAAAUCUUGUUAUAACAAAAUAGAAGAAAUAUACAUUGAAAAUGAUGAAAAUAAUAUAAAACUAAAGCAAUGUAUAGAGGCUGCAUUUUUUAGACCAAACAUAGAUUUUACUGAUCUCAUGUGGGAACUACUUAUGUGUAUUCCAAAUUAUACACAAAUCACAGAAUGUAUGCAUAAAAUAUUUCAAGAAAUUUUAACUGGUGAAUAUCAACCUCAGCUAAAUGUAACAAAUAAUACAAAAUUUGCAAAAAUAUUGCCUGAAUUAUCUCAUCAAAAGACAGUUACACAUUUACUAGUUGGAUGUUUACCAUUAGAAACUUUAGUUGAUAUAGGAUUUGAAAAAGUAAGCAACGAUUAUAAAUAUAUUUUAAUGAAUGCAGGCUUUAUCACAUUUGAUGAUAUACAAACAAAAUUUCAAAAGCAAUCAGAAAAAUUUGACUCUAAUUUUUAUAGAAAGAAACUGAUUAAUAUGAUACAAAUUCAUAUUUGUUUGGAAUUUAUGCUGCUUUUACAGAAACAUAUAAAUUGUCCAACAGAUGUUUUACAAUCAUCAUUGGAAUAUGUCUUGAAAGAAAUAGCAUUUAUAGAAUUCUCUAUAGAAGCUUUAAAAGAUUUACAUAAAAACAAAGUAUAUACUUUAACUAUCCCUGCACCAAAUAUUCUUAUUAAUGAAGUUAAUAAAGGUAUUCCUGCAACAUGGAGAGUUAAUCUUGUUUCUGAAUCGGAAUUAUCAAAAACCAAGACAAUUACUUAUUUUAGUGAUAUGCCUAUAUUUCCUCCUAAUAUGUAUUAUACAGAGCAUAUAAAUAAAGUAAAUGAAUCAUUUCACAUUACAACAGCUGUGAUUUCUUCUACUAUGGGUACUCAUAUGUAAUUUGAAUAAAAAUUGUAUAUAUUUAGAAGAAUAAAGGAAAUUUUCUAU